GGUCACGUGGGCAGCGCGGGCCAAUGGGCGCGCGGCGCGGGGACGAGCCCCGCCCCUCCGGGCAGCGACCGGGCAGUGGGCGGCGGCGGCGGGCGGGGAGGCCGGAGCGCGGCGGGCGGCGGGCGAGGACGCGGCCAUGGAGCAGCAGGUCCAGCGGGUGCGCAGCGCGUUCCGGUCGGGCCGGUCGCGACCCCUGCGGUUCCGGGUGCAGCAGCUCGAGGCCCUGCGGAGGAUGGUGCAGGAGCGCGAGGAGGACAUCCUGGCGGCCAUCGCCGCCGACCUGUGCAAGAGUGAAUUAAACGCAUACAGUCAAGAAGUCAUUGGCAUCCUUGGAGAAAUUGAUAAUGCGCUGCGGAAGCUGCCGGAAUGGGUUACUCCUACACCAGCUGAGAAGAACCUGUUCACCAUGUUGGAUGAGGUCUAUAUCCACGCAGAGCCCCUGGGAGUUGUACUGAUUAUUGGAGCUUGGAACUACCCCUUCGUCCUCAUCAUUCAGCCUCUGAUAGGUGCCAUCGCAGCAGGAAAUGCAGUGAUUGUCAAGCCUUCUGAAGUAAGCGCGAAUACAGCCGAGAUCUUGGCUACGCUCCUCCCUCAGUAUUUAGAUCCGGACCUGUAUGUUGUUAUUAAUGGUGGUGUUCCGGAGACCACAGAGCUCCUGAAGCAGCGGUUCGACCACAUCCUUUACACGGGAAACACUGCAGUUGGAAAGAUUGUCAUGGAAGCCGCUGCCAAGCACCUGACCCCUGUGACUCUCGAGCUGGGCGGGAAGAGUCCGUGUUAUGUUGAUAAAGACUGUGACCUGGACGUUGCUUGCAGACGCAUCGCCUGGGGCAAGUUCAUGAACUGUGGCCAGACCUGCAUUGCUCCCGACUAUGUCCUCUGCGAGCCAGCCCUGCAGAGCCAGAUCGUGCAGAAGAUCCAGGAAACCGUGAAGGAAUUUUAUGGAGAAAAUGUAAAAGAGUCCCCUGAUUACGAGAGGAUCAUCAAUGCGCAUCAUUUCAAGAGGAUAUUAAGUUUGCUUGAAGGACAGAAGAUUGCUUACGGUGGGGAAACCGACGAGGCCACGCGCUACAUAGCCCCAACUAUACUUAUUGACGUUGAUCCCAAAACCAAGGUGAUGCAAGAAGAAAUUUUUGGACCAAUUCUUCCAAUAGUGCCUGUGAAAAAUGUAGACGAAGCCAUACAAUUCAUAAAUGAGCGUGAAAAACCCCUGGCUUUCUAUGUAUUUUCUCAUAACAAUAAGCUGAUCAAGCGGAUGAUUGACGAAACCUCCAGUGGUGGCGUCACCUCCAAUGACGUCAUUAUGCAUUUCACGCUCAGUUCUUUGCCCUUUGGAGGAGUGGGUUCCAGCGGGAUGGGGGCCUACCAUGGAAAACACACUUUCAAUACUUUCUCUCAUCAACGUGCCUGCUUAUUAAAAAGUCUAAAGAGAGAGGGUGCUAACAAACUCAGGUAUCCUCCCAACAGCCAGUCAAAGGUGAACUGGGGAAAAUUCUUCAUUUUGAAAGCAUUCAGCAAAGGAAAGCUUGGUCUUCUGCUCCUCGCUCUCCUGGGCCUCCUGGCAGCCGUGCUGGUCAAGGCUGCGUCCUACUGAAGCGGGUCCUGAGCAGCCUCCGGUCGCCUCUGCAAACCAUCCCUUCCCUUAAAUGGUUAAUGAACCAGGAAUUUAAAAUCCCUCCUAAAAAUGGAUAAAACAAGCACACACACUGUGAUUAAACCAACCCCACAUCCUUGCCGUCACCGGUUAUGCGACUUGCCCUGCUCCGUCGCUCUGGGGAGCCCGGAGGCCGGCUUGCCCAGGGCUGCCCGGGGUUUCCAGCGGUCAGCUGCCUUAGAAAGGUGAGGCCACGUCUCCCAGCUCCCCUCGAGCCCCAGACGGAGUAUGGGGUGCCCUCCCCCAUUAGGCCCCGAAGACCUGGCCUCCGGGAGGUGGCCCUCAGCUCAGAUGUGCCACCCAGCCCAGCCGCCAUCCUUUCUGUUUGCUCUGUGGCAGUCUGUCUACAGAAGCUUCCAGUGACUGAUGUCAUGCAAAGCAUCCGUAACUCUCAUGCUUCCUGGAAGUCAGUUGCGGAUUUCAUGCAGGUAUCAGCUGCCAUUCUCAUGGCCUUGGGUUGUAGAAUUCCACCUCCCCUAAAAGCUUGCUGGCAUUUUGUAAAGGCUGUACGUAGAAGUACUUAUUUCUGUAGCACAAUGCAAGUCAGUUGCACUUUUGAAGACUUCAGAUAGAUUCCUUUCUGAAUAAAUUCAACCUAUAGAACAUAAAUAAGGUGGGGAACCAUGUUCUCUCACAAAAAAGGCCUUGAAUGUUCAGGACUGAGGGACUUGAGAGGCACGAGGGGCAGGUGGUGGAGCCAGUGGAGAGUUGGGAGAGUAACCGGGAGCCUGUGGAGGGACCCGCAGGGGCGGGGGGGGACCCGGGGACAGGAGCCCGUAGGCAAGUGAGAAAGUACCCCUCAGAGCCCCCCAGGCUGAGACCCGAGCCCUUCCCCCAGGCUGGGAGCCCAGCCCUCCGGGGGGACACUGAGCUGCACUCGGGGCUCCUGGCUCCAGAGACCGCACCCUCCCACCCCGUCCGAGCUCUCAGUGAGAACGUGGUUCACUGUACAGAAUGAAUAAUCCACUUCACCGAAUCUCUUCCAUGGGGGCUGCCUGGGAAUGCUAUGUUUGUCUUCAUCUGUAGUACCCAGUGUCAGGGUUUAAUCACUAGUCCAGUUUCGGGAAGGGGUUCCUAAUCCGUGGGUGUAACUCCCAGAAUAAUCAACUAAUAAAAUAUCUCAAUUUCAAUAUGAAAAUUGCAUUUCUGAACUAAAUUACUGGCUCAGCUACUGUUUACUCUGCUUCCAAAUAAAUCCAUUACGUUUGAUCAA